AUUUGUUGCGGGCACUGAUACCACUUCGAAUACAUUAGAAUGGGCCAUGAGUGAAGUACUGCUAAAACCAUACGUUAUGGCCAAAGCUAAAGAGGAGCUCGAAGCAGUUAUUGGUAAAGGUAAAAUUGUUGAAGAAAAUGAUCUGUCGAGGCUGCCCUACUUAUCGUGCAUUGUGAAAGAGACGUUAAGAAUUCAUCCACCAAUCCCUUUAUUGCUUCCUCGAAAAGUUGUAAACCAAGUAAAACUCUACGACUACAUCGUCCCAGAGGGCACACAGGUUCUUGUGAAUGUGUGGGCCAUAGGACGAGACCCAUCCAUUUGGGAAGACUCGUUGGAGUUCAAGCCAGAAAGAUUCCAAACCUCGGGCCUUGAUGUCCGCGGUCAAGACUUUGAGUUGAUUCCAUUUGGUGCUGGACGGAGAAUAUGCCCUGGUUUGCCACUUGCGAUCCGUAUGAUCCCUAUGAUGUUGGGUUCACUGCUCAAUAACUUCAAUUGGAAUCUAAGCAAUGGCAUCGAACACGAGGAAUUGGACAUGGCAGAGAGGUUCGGAAUCACCUUACAGAAGGCCAAGUCUCUUUGUGUUGUUCCUAAGCCGUUGACUUAGCAUCAGUCAAUUGAUAUCAUCGAUCUGUUUCGUCUUCCGUUUAUGAAAAUGAUAUCAGUCAAUUACCGAA